AUGGGUGUGAGAGCCAGCAAAUUGACCAAGGUUAUAGGAGUCAGCAAAUUGAAGAGCUUCAAAGGGAGUAGUACUACAAUAUUGACCCCUAAGGGCUACAUACCAGUUUCAGUGGGUGUGAACAUGAACGAAAGCAAGCGAUUUAUGGUUCAUGCUAAAUCGUUGGCGGAUCAAGAUUUCGUAGAGUUCCUAUGCAAAUCUGCUGAGGAGUAUGGGUUCUAUAACGAUUGGAUUCUCACGAUUCCAUAUGAAGCUGAAGCUUUUGAGGAAUGGAUUUGUGUUCAAGGUGCCAAGCACAAUGUUUUGAGGGUUAAUUAG